AAGAGAGGUUAGUGGUGUUGGUCAUUGGUGGUGGAGGAAGGGAACACGCACUUUGCUAUGCCUUGCAGCGAUCUCCAUCUUGUGAUGCAGUUUUUUGUGCACCUGGUAAUGCAGGGAUUUCUAAUUCUGGCAAUGCGACUUGCAUAUCAGACUUAAACAUAUUGGAUAGCAAAGCUGCAAUCGCCUUUUGCCGCAGUAGGGGAGUUGGGCUAGUUGUGGUGGGUCCAGAAGCUCCAUUGGUUUCUGGCCUUGUAAAUGACCUUGUUGAAGCUGGCAUCCCAACAUUUGGCCCUUCAUCGGAGGCUGCAGCAUUGGAGGGGUCAAAGGACUUUAUGAAGAAGUUGUGUGAUAAAUAUGGAAUCCCCACUGCAAAGUAUCAAACUUUUACAAACCCAUCCGACGCAAAGAAAUACAUUAAGGAGCAAGGAGCACCCAUUGUUGUCAAGGCUGAUGGGUUGGCUGCUGGGAAAGGAGUUAUUGUUGCCAUGACUCUAGAAGAGGCAUAUGAUGCUAUAGACUUAAUGCUGGUAAAUGGUGCUUUUGGGUCUGCUGGUUCCCGAGUCAUUAUUGAAGAAUUUCUUGAGGGAGAAGAAGCUUCAUUCUUUGCUUUGGUAGAUGGUGAGACCGCCAUGCCUCUUGAGUCUGCGCAAGACCAUAAAAGAGUUGGUGAUGGUGAUACUGGUCCAAAUACUGGUGGAAUGGGGGCAUAUUCCCCUGCUCCGAUAUUAACUAGAGAGCUAGAGUCUGUGGUUAUGGAAACAAUAAUUUCCCCCACAGUGAAGGGAAUGGCUGAAGAAGGUCGCAAAUUUGUUGGGGUCUUAUAUGCUGGGCUUAUGAUUGAGAAAAAAACUGGGAUGCCUAAGCUUAUUGAGUACAAUGUGCGUUUUGGAGAUCCUGAAUGCCAGGUUCUAAUGCUGCGGUUGGAGUCUGACCUGGCACAAGUACUGCUUGCAGCUUGUAGAGGAGAGUUAGGCAAGGUAUCACUAAAUUGGUCACCUGGAUCAGCCAUGGUGGUUGUGAUGGCAAGCCGAGGUUAUCCAGGGUCCUAUGAGAAGGGAACUGUUAUAAGAAAUCUUGAAGAGGCAGAGACCGUAGCACCAAUGGUUAAGAUAUUUCAUGCAGGAACAGCACUAGACUCAAAUGGUAACUUCAUCGCCUCUGGGGGCCGUGUGCUUGGUGUCACUGCAAAGGGUAAAGAUUUAGAAGAAGCACGAGAGAGAGCUUACAAAGCAGCUGAAGUAAUCGACUGGCCUGAAGGAUUCUUCCGGCAAGAUAUAGGCCGGAGAGCACUUCGGCACAGACAUUUAGCAACUAAUAGGUAAGCAAGUGUAGCUUGGAUAUUGUAAAAUGACAAUACCUGAUGCUCUAGAAAUAUGCUUCAUUAUAACCUUGCUGCACUAUGCUGCAAAUGAAAAAUCGGUAGAGAUGUUCAGUAUUAACCUGGAAUUUGCUUGGUGGAAAUUGAUUGAAAGCUACAGUUUCAAUCAAUGCCCUUUUUUACUUGAUGACAAUAUGUAAUUGUUUCUUUUGAUUCGAUGCCAGCUUAUCUACAUGGAACCUUGUGUAACAAAAUACCUGCUUGAAAAACUUUAUGAUUCCUC